AUGACCAAUCCCAAGCUCGUGAAAAGUGUACCAAAUGAACUUCCGUUCAGUCUAUAUUUCAGAUAUCUAACAGCUGCGGUGUUUGUUACUUCUUUUGCAUACCUUAUGGUUAUUCGGUACUUGCAUUACUUCCUUGACGUGAAUGAACUCGCCUCUCAUGCUAACGUUGUUCAACUAAUCAUGACGCUUAGGGUAAUUGGACUUUCGUUUGAAAUUUCCGACUACAGUUUCGGUCAAUCUGAGUCGGAGAAAGCGAAAAAACCCAAACGUUUUCUUGAUAAGGAGCCCAGCUUGCUGGAAAUUCUCAAUUACUUUUACCAUUUCGCGGGACUAACGACCAAAAAGUUUGGUGCUAUGUUAAUCUACUCUGCAGGCCCAUACUACACCUAUCAAAUGCUACUCGAUUCUCAGGAGUCGGUUCUGUUACACUCUUGGUCGCCAUUUUUGGAGAUACGCGAAAGAGCUUUACGGCUGUGUUGGAGCGUGCCGCUUUUCAUCAUUUUCAAUCACAUCUAUCCGCUUGAUGGUCUCCGGUCGGAUAGCGUUUGGGAAAUGAACUUUUUCCAACGUAUUUUGUAUGCUGCAGCCGUUUUUAUUGUUUUCCGCAUGCGCGUUUAUAGUGCAUGGGCAGUAGCGGAGAGUAUUUGUGUCACUCUGGGUAUUGGGAUCUAUCCCUCAGAAGCAAAACCGCGCAUCGUAGUUGGGCCAACCGAUUUGGAGAAGUACAGGCAACUCAAAGGACGACCCGAGGUCACCUACAAUUCGGAAGCAAUAGUCAAUCUAGACAUACCUGAGAUCGAGUUCGGUGACAGCUUUCGUGGUGGAAUACGAUCGUGGAACAAAUCUGUGCAAAGUUGGUUGGCGCUUUACGUGCAUUCCAGGGCGAAUCGCAUGUACAGUUUUCGCGUUCAUUUCAGAGUGGAAUUGACUAUGUUCGUGUCGGCUUUAUGGCAUGGAACCUACGCAGGAUAUUUUAUGUCCUUCUUGAUAGUACCAAUGUGCGCAAGUGUUGAGGACAUAAUUUUCAGUUAUAUUCCCGUUGAUCCAGUGACGAACCAACGACCAGCUUGGUUCCGAUACUCAUAUCUUUUCACGCUUCGUUUCCGUGGUUUCGACAUGCUAGCUACUGGGUUUCUUCUUAAAAAUUUCAAGGACACGCACAGAUUCUGGAGUUCAUUGUACUAUUGGCUUUUGCUCGUAACAUUGCCUAUUUAUGCAUUUGAUAAGAUACGCUCUCUCAAGAAGAAGUCUCCAAAGAAGGAGCUUUAA